AAAUUGGCAGCGGCAGACAGACUGAUGGUCUAUUUAGUCACCUGACUCCCUCAGGAGCCUGCAAACCUCCAGGAGGCUCAUUCGCAAGCCACGACGGCUCCUCAGAACUAAAGGCCGAAUCCGACCCAUUCGUUCCCCUGGGCAUUUCCGGCUAGCGUUCAGAUGUGCAGGACUUUCCCCCGGAGCAUAAGGACGCAAAGGCUGAAGAAGUCCUGAAGAUUGAUGGAGGGCCAUGCUAUUCAAACAGCAGGCGUUGCUGAGACAAAAGCUGUUCGUGCUGGGAAGCCUUGCAAUUGGAAGUCUCCUCUACCUAGUUGCCAGAGUUGGGAGCUUGGAUAGGCUGCAGCCCCUCUGCCCCAUUGAAAGCCGCCUGGGACCCCGCGGCCGGGUUGACUUCCCAGCCCGGGCUCUCCAGUUCAAGCGGGGGCUGCUCCACGAGUUCCGGAAGGGCAAUGCCACCAAGGACCAGAUCCGGCUCCACAACUUGGUCCAGCAGCUGCCCAAGGCCAUCAUCAUCGGCGUGAGGAAGGGAGGCACCCGGGCUCUGCUGGAGAUGCUCAACCUCCACCCGGCCGUCGUCAAGGCCUCUCAAGAGAUCCACUUCUUCGACAACGACGAGAACUACGCCCGGGGCAUCGAGUGGUACCGGAGAAAGAUGCCCUUCUCUCACCCGCACCAGAUCACCAUCGAGAAGAGCCCGGCCUACUUCAUCACCGAGGAGGUGCCCGAGAGGAUUUACAAAAUGAACUCGUCCAUCAAGCUGCUGAUCAUCGUCAGGGAACCCACGACGAGGGCAAUUUCCGACUACACUCAGGUGCUGGAGGGGAAGGAGAGGAAGAACAAAACUUACUACAAGUUCGAGAAGCUGGCCAUCGACCCGAACACCUGCGAGGUGAACACCAAGUACAAGGCGGUGAGGACCAGCGUCUACACCAAACACCUGGAGAGGUGGCUGAAAUAUUUCCCCAUUGAGCAGUUCCACAUGGUGGACGGGGACCGUCUCAUCACGGAGCCCCUGCCGGAGCUCCAACUGGUGGAGAAGUUCCUCAAUCUCCCCCCGCGGAUAAGUCGGUACAACCUAUACUUCAACGCCACCAGAGGAUUCUACUGCUUGCGAUUUAACAUUGUCUUUAACAAGUGCCUAGCGGGGAGCAAGGGAAGGAUCCACCCAGAAGUGGAUCCCUCCGUCAUUACCAAAUUGCGCAAGUUCUUUCACCCUUUCAAUCAAAAGUUCUACCAGAUCACCGGGAGGAAACUGAACUGGCCCUAAACGGAACUGGCAUUUAACACAAAGUGUUGCACCGGGGAAGCUCACGCCAUCAUGUCCCCUCUAGAGUAAAAUAUGCACUUUUCAGAGACGAAGGUACCAAGUAAUUUUUUCUUUCAUGCGGACUUGUACAUACGCAGUAUGUGACCAAAUAUCAGGUGGGAACGAGGGUUUUUUUUUUUUUACAAAGGAAGGGAAAAAAAGAAAAAAGCAUUUACUGGGCUUAGGUGUGACAUUUUAAGCUAUUCAAAAACAGAAAAGAAAUGAAUUCAGCUAUUAUUCAAAGAGUUUGUCUUCCUUUUUGCAACGGAAUUUGUCGUCUGCCAUUUUCAUAGAACUAUGCCAAAAUAUUAGCGUGUGCAAAAUCACUGACGGCCGUGAAGCUUCGGGAUGUGUCGGGAAGGGCGGGAAUGCUGGAUCGAUGUGAUACGCGUCUUUCCAAGGGAAUACUGGCUCUCUCUUUCAGAAGCUGAAUUGUUGCCGUGAAACUGGGUGGUUCAAUUUUCUUAUGAUUUACAAGAAUGUUUUAUCUCACAGAAUUGACAAUGUUCCAAAGUUCCUGUGGUGAAUUUGCACUAUAUUUUUUUUUUUUGGAUGGACCAUAGUGUUACUUGUUAGCAUGUCAACCAUGUGUCCGAAAGUCAAAAUAAUUUUUCUUCUAUGCUCGGAUAUCAAUAAAGCAAAAUGUCAUGUAUAUAGUGUAUAUUGUUUGUAAAUACUGGUUUCACACUAAGUAAUUCUAUUUUGUAAACUGAAUAUGGCUAUUUAAUUUAUUGUGAAAAUUAAAUUUAUUGUGGUAUUU